UGGAGCAAUCCGCAGGGGUUCGAAUCCCCUUCUCAUCAUCAUUUUGGCAUUUGGCCAUUCUAAUAAAUUCUUUUUCUUUCGAUUUUGGAAGUGUUUAACUAAUCAUCGCUUAUAAGGUGAUGUUUCGCGACUCUUCCUAUCUGCUCUUUUGUCCUAAUACAUAAGGCGCAGUUGCUCUAUACAUGCCUGUAUACUCCGUAUAUAGUGCCUGUUAUAGUAAACCUUGUAUGGAGGCUUGUCUCCCAGCCUUAGUCAAUUACUGCGCUAAGAUUACUAUCAUUAUGACCAUCAUGGGUGUGUACUAUUACUCGGCAUAUCGCGAACAUACUCGCCGAUUUGCCGCGAAUAUUCUAGCACAAUCCAUAUCGCUAGGCGAAGCCCGCGUGCAUAAUCUACAGGUACAGGCGACGACGUGCCAAGGCCGCCCCAGAGACCUACGAAUAAUGAGAUGAGCAUGCUAUGAAGAUGCUGGUAAGCCAGCAGGAGGCUUGGAUGGAACGUCAGCCGCAGAGAAACCCCUCCCCAUCGGCAACUACUCCUCCGGUAGCCUGCUUGAUGGCAAUGCGUAAAAAGUCCUGACCCUAAGCCAGGCUAAAUGACUCUUCUUUCGUAGACAAGUUUAUGUUAAUUAGUGGGAAAAAGUCAUCUCAGUCGAAGCCAUGCCUGACCUAGAUCCAGCUCUGUACACAGUAGUAUGGAUUGCUCCUUUACCGAUUGAGGCUGAGGUGGCGCUCCGUAUGAUGGAUAAUAGACACACAGGCCGAUUUCCAAUGAGCCGAGGCGACGACUAUGUUUUCCGGGCCGGCGAUAUCAACGGGCACAACAUAGUCGUUGCGACUCUUCCCGUUGGCCAGGAAUACGGGACGGGCUCGGCGGCAGCUUUGGCGAGCCAGGCUAAGAAGUUCUUCCCUAAUCUCUGGUUUGGGCUACUUGUGGGUGUUGCCGCGGGCCUUCCGAGCUUAUCUCGAGAGCCCCCCCGCGACAUCCGACUUGGCGAUAUUCUGGUAGCGCUCCGCGAAGGCGAUGUCGCGGCCUUAGUAGCAUAUGACUUAGGCAAAGAGAUGACACACAAUGGAUUCGAGCUCCUGCGUCUUGGUCACGCCUUGGCCAAUCCUGACCCCGUUGUCAUGUCUGCUAUUGGCAGUAUCCAGCUUGACGUCAAGCUCAACAAGAGCGCACAGCUCUUCCUCCAAUACUACGAGUCAAUGAAGAAUGAGGAUAAAGACGGCACCUUUCUGGACCCUGGGCAGGAACACGACAUGCUAUACGAGACGGCGGACGACGGAACAGAGAAGCUCGUAACCCGACUGCCGCGCUCGGCCUCUCAGCGAACUAGAGUAUGGUAUGGCCCGAUAGGGUCCGGGGACAAGCUUUUAAAGAAUGCCAGCAAGAGAGAUGAUUUGAGGGACAAAUACAAUAUCAUCGGUCUUGAGAUGGAGGCAGCGGGGACUAUGAAUCGCAUCCCCGUCGGCGUCAUCCGUGGCGUAUGCGACUAUGGGGAUAUGCACAAGAACAAGAGAUGGCAGCCAUAUGCCGCCGCAAUGGCCGCUGCAUAUGCUAAAGCUGUAUUGAAUGAAGUUCGGCCUCGGUCAACGCUGGCAGCUGGCGAUGCGACGCGAACAGCCGAGGUGGGAGCUUCACGAUCAGGCGAACACCUAGGGCAAGCAGGUGAAGCGGGAGGGAUACGAUCAGUCUUCAAUGGCCCAAUCAGUGGUCGGAACGUCUUUGCCGGAAACUCAAUGACAGGAACAACAAUGAACUUCUCAUAAGUGACGAGGGAAAUUUGAUAAGACCGGCUUAUAUAGAUCGAUUAGAACUACCUACCGUAUUGAAGAUCAGGAUCAAGGUACUACUACAACUACUAUUACUAUGAGAAUAACCACCAAAACAAGCAUUUUAAAAAACCCA